AUGGCGGCGUCUUCUUCAAACACCAAUAAAGCGGACCAUAGUAAAACUCCACCUCUCACCUUAAGAAGCUCCGACGGAAAAGAAUUCGAGAUCUCUAGAAUUGUCGCCCAACAAUCGUCAACCAUCAUGAACUUACUCGAUCUGAAAGAAGAGAGCAAUACUGAUGUCAUUCCUAUCCCUGAAGUUGAUGGAUCCACUCUCGAGAAGCUAAUUGAGUUAAUGAGCAAUCAUACAGAAAAAUCCUUCAAAUACCUCGGGGUCAAGGAAAGGAAGGAAUUCUAUAAUGAUUUCUUUGCCAAUUUGAAAAUCCGCGAUGUCCUCAACUUUGGCUUGGCUGCAAAUUAUUUAGGCGUCCAAGUAAUUUUUGACGAGGCUUGCCAAAAGAUGGCAGAUAUGAUUAAAAAUAAAAGCGUUGAAUGGGUCAGAAAAGUUUUUGAGAUAAAGAAUGAUUUCACAUCUGAGGAGGAAGUGGAUUUGAAGAAAGAGAACAAAUGGGCUUACGAGGGAGUCGAUCCGGAAGAUGGCGAUGAUGCUAUAUGA